GAGCCCGCUGACAGAUUCUCUCGGUGGUGGCGGCGGCGGCAGCGGCCCUGGACUGCGGGGAAUGGGAAUCCUAGGUCUUUGAGCACCGCCCCCGCCUCCCUGCCCGCGACAUGGCUCAGGAGAAGAUGGAGCUGGACCUGGAGCUGCCUCCGGGCACGGUUGGGAGCCCGGCGGAGGGCGGCGGCAGCGGUGGUGGCGGCGGGGGCCUCAGGAGGUCUAACAGCGCCCCCCUGAUCCACGGCCUCAGUGACACUUCGCCGGUGUUCCAGGCCGAGGCGCCGAGCGCCAGGCGAAACAGCACAACGUUCCCGAACCGCCACGGCCUGCUACUACCGGCCUCCCCCGUCCGCAUGCACAGCAGCCGCUUGCACCAGAUCAAACAGGAGGAGGGCAUGGACUUGAUCAAUCGAGAGACCGUCCACGAGCGCGAGGUGCAGAACGCAAUGCAGAUAAGCCACUCCUGGGAGGAAAGUUUCAGCCUGAGUGACAACGACGUGGAGAAAUCCGCCUCCCCGAAACGCAUCGAUUUCAUUCCGGUGUCGCCAGCACCGUCACCCACCCGGGGAAUUGGGAAGCAGUGUUUUUCACCAUCCUUGCAAAGUUUUGUGAGUAGCAAUGGAUUGCCUCCAAGUCCGAUUCCCAGCCCAACGACCCGAUUUACUACCCGGAGAAGCCAGAGUCCAAUUAAUUGCAUUAGACCAAGUGUUCUUGGACCAUUGAAAAGAAAAUGUGAAAUGGAAACUGAAUAUCAGCCAAAGAGAUUUUUCCAGGGCAUCACCAACAUGCUUUCUUCUGACGUUGCACAGCUGUCAGAUCCUGGUGUGUGUGUAUCUUCCGAUACCCUUGAUGGAAACAGCAGCAGUGCCGGAUCUUCUUGUAAUUCACCAGCGAAAGUCAGCACUACCACCGACUCUCCUGUGUCACCUGCCCAAGCGGCCUCUCCAUUUAUUCCAGUAGAUGAACUUUCAUCUAAGUGAUUCACCCACCCAUCCUGAGACUCGGUUUUGUUUUUGUUUUUGCAAUGGAGAGAAAAAUGAAGUUGGAACAAGCACUGAACCUUGUCGAUUAAUUUGAGGCUAUUUCCUAUGUUACCCUUUUCCUUUUUUGGAAUUUCCUGAAAUGUUGUUAUUCUAGAGAACUUUUAUGUCAGAUUCCUGCGGGUGCCCUUGAAUAGAGUGUAGUAAUAUUUUCAGACGUUUCCCCAAUAAGUGUGUUGAAGCAUACAUCUUUACGCUGCUAAUAUGUCUAAAUACAUAUGUUAUCCCUUGAUUUUUUAAAAUAA